UCAAAACUUUCAAUUUUUAACCACAGAAGGGAAGAAAUGAUCUCAUCUAAAGACAAAGAAGUUCUUCUGGACAUUCAGAAGCGCCCUGUGCUGUAUGCAAAGGAGUUCUCCACACCCUCAAAGGAUAACAUCACAGGAAAAAUAGAGGCAUGGAAGGAAUUGAGUGUGAAGCACAAGUAUGCCGAGGAUAAGCUGAGGAGUCGCUGGAACUUCCUCCGAAAGAAAUUCCGCACGCGCCUGAAGGCAAACUAUGGGGGUGAUCCACCGUCAGAUGCCAGCCUGGAGGAAUUUGAGCCAAUGCGCUUCCUCGUGAAUCACAUCGACUGGGGUCGAGCAGAGCGCCUCAAGCGUAAACCCGUUCAUCCCUAUCAGGUGGUCCACACUCAACACGAUGACUACACCAACUACCACCAUGUUGCGGAGUUUCAGGUGAAGCAGGAGGAGCACGAUGUACAGGUUCUCAGUUCAGACGAGGAAGACCAAUCGUCACAUUCGCAGUAUCAACAGAAUAUGGAUGAUUAUCCACAGCCAGCACCUGAGGUUUCUCUCCAUGAGUACAACACCGACUGCCCGGUGGAUUCGUCGGCAAGCACAAAGGAUGAUGAGCUCUUCCUCAUGAGCUUAAUGCCAUUCAUGACUCAAUUGUCGGGAUGCCAAAAACUACGAGCUCGCAUUCGUAUCCAGCAAAUCCUCUAUGAGGAACUUCAGAAGACCGAAUGAAUCUCUCUGGAUUUUUACGUCCAUCCAAAUCGUUUUUAACCCUUUCAGGUUCAUUGGGUCAUACGCUGACCCAAAGGCUCGAUUUUGAAAAUGUUUCAAUUUUUAUAGUUAUUUUAUGAAUAUCGUGUCCAAAUUAGUACAAGACUAUGUCUUUACAAUCCCUGAUCAUUUUAUGAUCAGAAAAGGACAUCCCCAAGGAUUCACGGGAUCAGGAAGAACGAAAAACCAAAAAUUUUUGAGUUGGGUUUUUUUGCCAAAAAUGUCUUAUUUGAGUUCAAAGGAACCCAUGAAAAUUAUUUUUAAUUAAAUCAGCUUGCUAGAUUGAUUGAUCACGGACCUGAAGGGUUAAUUUGAUGUUCCUCACAAAUUUAUUACAAAAAAAAAGCAUUUGUGUUCACUAAAAUAUUAAUUUAGUCCUUGUUUCAGUUGUUCUAGUCUAAAUCUCUAUAUGUAUAUAUACAUAAUAUAAAAUGAAGUGUGAA